AGUGAGUGUGAAUUGAUGAACAAAGUGCGUACGUGUGGAACUGCACAGCUUGUUCGCAAGCUGUAGGAGGAUUGAUGCAGAGUCACGUGAUAAUGACCGACCAUUCUUGAUCCUGAUUGGUCGGUAUCAAAGAACCACGUGGUCUAAACAGCAUUAAAGCCUACUUCUGCUUUUUCAUUGUAGGUCUGUGUGCUUGUUUGAUUGCAGAACACGUCUGAUCUACAACGGAGUGACUGUGUCACGCCCAGUUAAACUUUUAUACGGCGUUAUUCUUUAGGAAAUUAUCCAGACAUGUUUUUGCUUGAGACAGAGUCGCUGGACUGCAUGAGUAACCUUUUUGAAAGCGGGUUUGCGGUGAAUGGAGGUUUGGAUGGUUCCGGACAAUCUCCUGCGCAUCUCGCGGCGUGCGGAGGUCAGGCUUUCUGCUUGCUUUGGCUGCUGCAAACCGGUGCUGAUGCAAACCAGCAGGACGCGAGUGGAGAGACACCCAUGCAUAAAGCAGCCAGAGCGGGCAGUUUGGAGUGCAUCAGUGUGCUGAUGGCAAGUGAUGCACAUUUCGAAAUUUGCAACAACAGCGGACAGACAGCUGAAGACAUUGCACGGUCUUGUGGGUUUGAGGAGUGCGGGAAGUUUUUCAACAUGCAUCGCAGAACACGAGACUUAAAGAACGCUUCUUUAUCAUCCCUCUCUGAACGGCACGUACUGAGCAGCAGUCUCGCAGGACAGAAGAGAGGCCGCACGAGCUCCAGUGCUCAAGACGGAAAGAAAGCACGGGACUGGUGAUGAAUGUUCUCAUAAAGAGAGAGAAUUUGAAGCAACAUAUAGGCUGUUUAACCAUUACUGGUGUAAACAGAAGUAUCAGUAUGUCGUCAAGAGUCUGAAUUAUUGGUGGACAUUUAGUAUGGAGCCUAUAGCCUCAGCAGUCAAGAUAAAUUGACACUGUUCUGGGUCAGUGAUUUGGAGUCUUUAAGUACAAGAGGAAUUAACUGAACUCAAUGCCGGGCACCAUACAUAUUAAUUACACCUGCCAACACAGAGCAGACAGGAAUCAAGGAAAAACUAGGAAUUUACUUAAAACGAGGGAGACAUCUGGGUUUCUCACUGGAAAAAGUGCAACAUUUAACUUUGAUCACGAGUGUGUUGUGUACCAAUCAUAUAAAAACCCUGAGGGCACCAAAAUGCUUUCAAAGUUUUAUGACAGUGUAGAAAUAUGUGGAUGCAUUGAGGAAAACAGCAGACAGAUGACUUGCUGCCAAGGUUUAAAUCUCCUCACGUGGAAAGAUCACUGAGAAAAGUAAGAGACUUUGCAAUAAGCAAUGAAUAAGGAAACAUUUGCUGUUUUAGGAAGAUAUUUUAGCUGCUGUUUCUUUUUAUUGAUUUGCAGGAAGCCUUGUGUAAAUGGUUCAAAGAUAUCUUGUGAAUUUAAUGUAUGAUGAACUGGCAAAAGUCUCGAGGAUAUGACAUCAUUAAUAACAUCCACUUGCAGCCUGACUAAAAAUCAAGUGAGACGUUGCUGAAAUGAAUGUAACCUUUAGCGUGACUGAAAACGGAUGUUAAAAUAGGCAUGGACAUUUAAAACAUUGUAAGGACAAUGAGUAAUAAAUCAUUUUUCUGAGA